AUGCCCAGGGCUUCGUCCCAUCCAGGCACCACUGCUAAGAGUGCCAAGGGAUUUGUUAGGACAGCCAUGUUGGUCUGCGUUGUUUACCAUACUCAUCAGUUCCGUGCGGUUUGCUGCUUUUCGAAUGUGGUGAAUGACACAAUGGGAAGGCCGGUGGACGAGAUACUACUGGAACUCCUACCCCAUGGACUGGCUUGGCCAGCCCUAGGCACCACUAGGGAUGGGAUCACGGGUAUCGUUGCGGGACGGUGUACCACUGCUAGAAUCGAUUCUCAGAGUGCAACGAAAGACAUAUUUUCGAUGCCUCACGCACCGGAUCGCAGUGUUGUUGUUAUCUGGGACAGAAAUCUCGGCACCGACUGGACCCACGCCCGGAGACAAUCCUACCACUCAGAUAUCGUUACGAGAGGAGGGGUUCCGCCUGGAAUGUCGGUCCAAGAUGAAGAUAGUAAUGCGCCUCUUCUUGGAGGAGAUCCUGCGUUGGAGUAUGGAGGUAUCGCGGGAACCUCGUCUAGCAAAGUCCAUAAUUCCUCGUUUCGGCAGAACUUGGGGACGGCCGAGGCGUUCAGCAUCAUCAUUAGCAUCGUAAUCGGAAGCGGAAUUUUCACCUCCCCUGGCGCCAUAGACACCAAUGUUCCCUCCCCUGGGGCAGCCCUGGUCGUCUGGUUCGUCGGGGGUAUCUUGGCAUGGACAGGGGCUGCAACUAUGGCUGAGCUCGGGACGGCGAUUCCGGGAGAAGGAGGUGUUCAACCGUACCUUCAGUACAUCUAUGGUGAGGUGUUUGGCUUCCUUGCCGCCUGGACAUGGGUCAUCGCGGUGGUGCCGGCAUCGCUAGCAAUCUUGAGCAUCGUGUUCGUGGAAAGCAUCUACUCGGCGACUGGGGUGACCGAUCAACCCAAUACCAUGACACAUAAAAUUCUAUCCGCUCUUUUAUUGCUCCUCAUCAGCAUGGCAAACUCGGUCAGCACCCAGUUCAGUACGCGGCUGAAUAGAUUCUUUGUCACCACCAAGUUUGCCGCCAUCUUGGUUACUGUAGUUGCUGGACUGGGCGUCGUCGUCUAUCACCUUGCUAGUUGGGAUAGAGUGAGUCCAUCGGCACCCCAGGACUGGCUAGCCAGAGACUGGUUUGCUGCGCGCAACGCAAUUGGUUUAGAUGGCAGGGAGAUAGAAUGGCAGAAUUUACACGGGUGGGAGACUCUUGGUCAUUACUCCGCCGCGCUCUAUGGCGCACUAUGGGCGUAUUCAGGAUGGGACAAGGCAAUCUAUAUCAGCGUCGAACUCUCUGCUCCGGCUCGUCAGCUGCCUCUAGCCAUCAACAACGCCAUUCCCAUUGUCAUCCUAAGUUUUAUCGCAGUGAAUGUUGCGUACUACAUUCUUUUACCCUGGAAUGUAGUGUCAACAACUGAUAGUGUGGCAGUUACAUCGUUCAACCACCUCCUUGGACCUGCAUUUGGUGCCACCGUGGCGGGUCUCAUCUGUCUAGUGGUAGCAGGAUCCUUGCUGGGAAGUUCGUUCGUUGCCGGUCGCAUGGUGGUGGCCGCAGCCAAUUCGAACUGGUUGCCCUCAUUUCUGGGCCGCGUGGGCUCGGUCUCAAGGCAGUCAGCCUCGACAGCAGAUGCGCCCAUCAAUGCGAUUCUCUUCUCCACGGGCUGUUCCAUCGUAUACAUCUUCUUCGGGAACUUUCGUGCCCUGGUGACUUUCAAUGGUCUGGCGGAGUAUACGUUUUUCUUCUUGACCAUGGUUGGCGCCAUCGUCCUGCGGGUUCGUGAACCACAGCUCCCCCGCCCGUAUAAGCCGAUGAUCUGUAUACCCCUUAUAUUCGCUCUAGUCAGUGGGUGUGUGGUCACUCGUGGCGCUGUUUUUGCUCCCGUGCAGGCGAUGGUGCUCAUUGGAUUGUGGCUGAUGGGCCUGGGGUUCUACAGCGCGAGGAGGCGAUGGGUAGGCAAGAGAGAGGCGGAGAGAGGCUGA